GGAACAAACGUCAAAAAUCUGUUACCGCACUCGGCGAAGGAUAUCUAAAGGAAAGUUUUUGUGCUUUCAGAUAUUUUCUCUUUAUUUUAGAAUCAGUUUGUAAAAUUUUUACUGAAUAAAUAAUUGUUUAUUUGUUCGCUUAAAUAUUCAAAGUAUUUUUAUGAAAAAGUUUGAUCCGAAUAUUUGUUGUGUCUAGCCUUGCUUGUGAUUGUAGUGUCAUGGCGUGUACCACAGGCAAUGUGGUGGUGCCCCGUAACUUUCGGCUGUUGGAAGAAUUGGAACAAGGCCAGCGAGGAGUGGGGGAUGGAACCAUCAGCUGGGGCUUGGAGAACGACGACGACAUGACUCUGACUCACUGGACUGGCAUGAUCAUUGGACCUCCCCGAACACCCUACGAGAACAGAAUGUAUAGCUUAAAAAUAGAGUGUGGAGGAAAAUAUCCAGAUGAUGCACCUUCAGCUAGAUUUGUAUCGAGAAUAAACAUGACUUGCGUUAAUAAUUCAACUGGACAGGUGGACAACAGACAAGUUCCGAUCCUGGCGAGAUGGCAGCGAGACUACACGAUCAAGACAGUCCUGCAGGAGUUACGGAGGCUCAUGACACUCAAGGACAACAUGAAGCUGCCUCAGCCACCCGAGGGAAGCUCGUUCUAAACACCACUUCUGGACAAUAUCGUUACCUAGCUAUGCAGAUGUAUUCAACAGUAUGAUUUAUUUCACCAAAAAUACUACAUCGAAUUGUAUUCCUUUAUUCACCUCCCCAAUAUGUCGUUGGCGGUACAUGAUUAUCAGUUACGUCGUUGGCAUUUGAUUUUAUCAGUGGUCAGUUAUAACUUCAGAUAUAAUCACAAAGUAAAUAAUUUAUUUGAGCUUAUCUCCAGGAAUAGGCUAUUGAGGAAAAAGUUGUAAAUAAACUACUUUUUGUAUCUAUUAUAUUGUAUUUGUAUAAAUUAUGAUUUCAAUUUUUUAGUUAAUCAUUUGAGUUUAUGCAUUGUUUACCUAAAUGGAGGUGAUAAUGAUUUACCAGAACCUAAUUUUUAAAAUUUGGUUUUGCUUGGCAUGAGAAAUUUUAUGAGAUCGUGUGCUGUUUAAACCUAUAUUUAGUUUUGCAGAUUUUCAAAGUUGUGUAAUUUACCUAUUUCGUUUGACAGAUUGAUGCUUCUAACAUAUUUAGUUGUCACAUUCUCUUUCACAUUUAGUCUUCACCUUAACCUAACGGUGUGAAAUCACCUUUACACAAUAUGCUGAGACUCCAUAGUGUAAAUUUUGUAACAUACAGUUUGGUCAGCUGUUUGUCGCCUUUUCGGUGAUAUACAUUCCUAGGUUGACAAAUAAAGACUCUUCAAUUGCGAUUGAUCUAGAAAUUCUACUAACCCGAGUGGUAUUUAAGAAGUAAAAAUUUUGUAAUUUAGAAUAGCAUUCUCACGUUUCUUUGAUAUUUUUGGAUCUGUGUUUCUUAAACAUUUCAGACUUUGAUGGAACAUACUGGCCUUAUAGAGAUGGUACUUUUGGUUUAAGUAAAUAAUUGUAUCGAUGCAACUAUUUUUAAAUUGUUGGAAUGGCUCACAUAGGAAGUGAAUAUUUUUAACAAAUGUAAAUGGUCAAUAUCAUCAGCUUUCUCGUUCUAACAUAUUCAGUUCUAAUAGUAAAAUAAAUAAAUUUUACUAUGUUA